CCCAAACCGCCCCUUUGCCCGGUAAUCCGUCACACUUAUCAAUUAGCGCGUUUAUGACACACCUUCGGCCCCAAAAACCCCGCAGAUGCUCGGCCCGUUGAGCAUAUUUAUUUUCUCUCGCCGCACGGAAAACUUCCACGGGCUUCAGUCUGUCGAUUCGCACGGUGGCGGUCUGUACGCACAGUUUGGCGGAGGAAAAGGCAAGGUCAAGCAAGGUCUUUCCGUUCGGCUGGCGAAAAAUCUAAAUUCUACGUCUGUGCGCGGGUGGUGAAAGGAGAAAGCAAGAGAAAUGGCACAGGUGCGACUGCUGGUACAGGGCGUUCGGAGGGGACUGCUCAAUGUGGGCGUGGCCAUGCCCCACGAAUCCACCGCGACCAAUAAAAGAUUUCAGCACAGCUCGUCGAAUUGCGUAGACUAUGAUCUGGUUGUGGUUGGCGGUGGUAUUGUGGGUGCUGCCUCGGCCCGUGAGAUCCUUCUGCGCCAUCCAUCCCUAAAAGUAGCCAUCUUGGAGAAGGAAUGCCAGUUGGCGAUGCACCAGAGUGGACACAAUUCCGGAGUGAUCCAUGCUGGCAUCUAUUAUAAGCCUGGCACGCUGAAAGCCCGCCUUUGUGUGGAGGGCAUGCAUCUGGCCUAUGCUUAUUUGGAUGAACAUAAGAUCCCGUACAAGAAAACCGGCAAACUGAUUGUGGCCACGGAUGAGAAAGAGGUGAAGCUGCUGGAGGAUCUGGAGAAGCGUGGCAUUGCCAACAAUGUGCCGGAUCUAAGGAUGAUCGAAGGUGAUGAGAUCCAGGAGAUCGAACCCUACUGCAAGGGACUGAAGGCUCUCCACAGCCCGCACACCGGAAUUGUUGACUGGGGAUUGGUUACCAGGCAUUAUGGCCAGGAUUUCACUCGAAGCGGUGGUGAUAUAUACCUAAAUUUCAAUGUCAGCAAAUUCACCGAGACCAAAGAGGGAACCGAUUUCCCAGUCACCAUCCAUGGCGCCAAGCCUGGUCAAACAGUUCGCACCAAAAACGUCCUGACCUGCGGUGGGCUGCAAUCCGACUUGCUGGCCGAGAAGACAGGAUGCCCCAAAGAUCCCCGGAUUCUGCCAUUCCGUGGAGAGUACUUGCUGCUGUCCAAGGAAAAACAGCAUAUGGUUAAGGGCAACAUCUAUCCGGUGCCAGAUCCCCGUUUCCCCUUCUUGGGAGUUCAUUUCACGCCGCGGAUGGACGGAUCCAUCUGGCUGGGACCAAAUGCCGUUCUGGCUCUUAAACGAGAAGGUUACACGUGGGGUGACAUCAAUCUUUUCGAGCUUUUUGACGCCCUACGCUAUCCGGGCUUUAUCAAGAUGGCCAGCAAGUACAUCGGCUUCGGACUGAGCGAGAUGUCCAAGUCGUGGUUCAUUAACCUGCAGGUCAAGGCGUUGCAAAAGUACAUCCCGGACAUCACGGAGUACGACAUCCAGCGCGGUCCAGCGGGAGUUCGUGCCCAGGCAAUGGAUCUGCAGGGCAACCUGGUGGACGACUUCGUCUUCGAUCGCGGCGAGGGAUCGGGACCACUGGCCAAGCGUGUUCUUCACUGCAGAAACGCCCCAUCGCCAGGAGCAACCAGCAGUCUCGCCAUCGCCAAGAUGAUUGCCGACAAGAUCGAGAAAGAGUUCUCCAUCGGCAAGUGAUAGCCUAUAUCCUAACGAAAAUCCAAGGCGUAAACCAAAUUUAUUGACCAUGCAUCACCGUCUGCAAAUCAAAUGUUGUCCUAAAUUCUGCCUUUAUGGUGUCAGUGAUCUGAUCUAUUUCGCAUUUCGUUUUGUAAUUUAUAAAGAUAAACUAUUUUGUAUGCAAUAGAAUUACAAAUUUUAAAAGAA